CCUUCUCCUUCCUUCCGUCAAGCAAAUUCCUAUAUCGCGCACACAAUGCCCUCUUUACUACAGUUAGCCCCCUCUCCUCCCUUCUACCCUCCGGCCCUCGCUACGGUUCCCACACUAACAAACACCAGCAUAAUAUCCGCGACCCAGAAGCCCUCUCCGUUCUACACCUGCCUCGCCGUCCUCGUAACGCCGGUAUUCCUGCUCGCUCUGGCAGCGUACGUGAUCACCACGGUCGAGGCUUGGAGUCGGUCUCCAAAGGUUUGUUCCUCCUUCCUCGCCUUCAUUAGCCCAUGAUUUUAAUGGGGGUCACGGCAGUUAUCGAGGAGCUACGUCGGUGGGGUCGGAAGAGGGCCCGCUGACGCUGGUCCAGCGCAGUGGGCGGAUAUGAGUGUGCUGGAGAAGGUCGAGGGUGUGUUGAGGUGGGAGGGCUGGUGGGGUGGGAGGAAGUGAGCGUCUGCUCGGGGUAGCAGUCUGGUUGGGAGGGGAUGUUAUCGGUACGAGUUUUGGUUUUUCCUGUGCGACGGCAGCAGGUAUGUUUUAUGCGAUGCGAUGUGGCGGAUAUCGUUCGUGGAAAAUAUCUUACUGUGCUUUUUUGGAUCAGGGCGUUUCGGGUGUCAUCUCGUUCUCUCGCUUUAUUUUACAAUUGUUUUGCUUUAUCCCAUUUAUGCUGGUCGCGUGGGUAUCGUACGAGUACACUGGCGGGGUGACCUACCGUAGUUGAUUGUGGGAACAUACAGCAUCAUGUACGAGUACAGUAUCACACAAGUACGAGUAUAAUACUC